GGAGAGAGGGGACUUAUCUCCAGCAUCUGGCAUCCCAGAGCAGGGCCUGCGUGGAGAAUGGCUGAGCGAUCCCAGUCCGCUCUGAAAGCCCUUUCCUUGCAAUGUGUAGGAGCCCAGCAGACGCCAUGAGCAACACUGUUGCAGGCAGCAGCGAGCGAGGCUGUCCCUUGACACAUAUGUUUCCCGCGGAUAGCUGGAGACAGGCCAGUAGCUGCGAGCCAGCCUGCUAAAGCCAGAUUGAAGUAUAGACAGAGUAGGGUUUCAAAGCAGCCCGAAAAAGAACGGGAAUGCUGUUCAGGAAAUUCUUCAGGCAUGGGCAGGGACUUGGCUACAGUUCUGCAGUUGGAAAAUCUGACUGGGGCAGCUUCUGAACACAGGCAGGGCCUGCUCCCACUCCGCAGGCUGAGUGGCUGCCUCCUUCCCAGCUGCCCAGCGCACCCAGGACCGCGGGGGUCGCCCUCGGCAGCUUUGUGAAGGAGAGGAGAUGCCUCAGGAGCAGUAUACACACCACCGGAGCACCAUGCCCAGCUCCGAGGGGCCACAGGUAUACAAAGUGGGGAUUUACGGCUGGCGGAAACGAUGCCUGUAUUUCUUUGUCCUACUCCUCAUGAUUUUAAUAUUGGUGAACUUGGCCAUGACCAUCUGGAUUCUCAAAGUCAUGAACUUCACAAUUGAUGGAAUGGGAAACCUGAGAAUCACAGAAAAAGGUCUAAAGCUAGAAGGAGACUCAGAAUUCUUACAACCUCUCUACGCCAAAGAAAUUCAGUCCAGACCAGGUAAUGCCCUGUACUUCAAAUCUGCCAGAAAUGUGACAGUGAACAUUCUCAACGAUCAGACUAAAGUGCUAACUCAGCUGAUAACAGGUCCAAAAGCUGUAGAAGCUUAUGGCAAAAAGUUUGAAGUGAAAACAGUAUCUGGAAAAUUGCUCUUCUCUGCAGAUGACAAUGAAGUGGUAGUAGGAGCUGAGAGAUUAAGAGUGUUAGGAGCUGAGGGCACAGUUUUCCCUAAGUCUAUAGAAACACCUAACGUCAGGGCAGACCCCUUCAAGGAGCUAAGAUUGGAGUCCCCAACCCGGUCUCUGGUGAUGGAGGCCCCAAAGGGAGUAGAAAUAAAUGCAGAAGCUGGGAACAUGGAAGCCACCUGCAGAACUGAGCUGAGACUGGAAUCCAAAGAUGGAGAGAUUAAGUUAGAUGCUGCGAAAAUCAAACUACCUAGACUGCCUCACGGAUCCUACACCCCCUCGGGAACGAGGCAGAAGGUCUUCGAGAUCUGCGUGUGCGCCAAUGGGAGAUUAUUCCUGUCCCAGGCAGGAACCGGUUCCACUUGUCAGAUAAACACAAGCAUCUGCCUUUGAGAGACUCUCCAGAGUGGACACUGUGGGCAGCGCGAAGGCCCUUUUUUGGCUUGAGACAUUGGCUGCCAGCUAUUUUUACUAGAACACAGAAAGCCUAUCAAAGACCUUUUAUGUGUGAGUGUGUGUACACGUGUGAGUGUGUUUGUGUGUGUGAGUGGAUAUAAAUAUAUAUAUAUAUAUAUAAAUAUAUAUAAAUAAAUAUAUAUAUAUCCUCUGUAUAAAACAAAGUUUCAGUACAAAAGGAACCAUGGGUGACCCUGUGAUAUUCACCAUCACUUUCCAUCCCAUCACCACCAUCCACACGACGAAAUCUAAAUACUAAUUCAGAUGCCAUCUUCCCUAGGCCAGUGAUGGCGAACCUUUUAGAUCUUUGAACAGUACGAACAGCCUGCUGUGGCACGCAUGCCAGAGGUUUGCCAACACUGCCCUAGACCAUUGGGAAUCACAUUGUGCACUGAAAAGAAUAUUCAUCAACACACAGUAACAGCACACCUUUUCCAUCGGUGUCCGUAGAGGCAGCCAUAGUGGGACUCUCCAAGUCAUGCUCAGGCACUGAAAUCUUUGUAUCAAAAACAGACACAUUGGAGUGGGGGUGCUGCUCAUUAGUAUAACUUGUGCUUAGCUUGUGUGAGUCCCCGAGUUCAACCCCAGCGUCACACACAUACUAGACAUUUGCCUUCCCUUUUUUAGCUUCAGGAAGACUGAGCAGCUUCUACCUUCAAGUAACAAAAGGGGUAGUGCCAUUAAAGUCAGCCAUAAAAACUCAGAAUGACUGCCCAGUAUUUGCAGCCUAACGUACUGGGGCUUUGGCUAUUGCAUGAGUGAGGAGGAUGAAUUCUGGUGAAUUCUGAACCGCUCACACAACUUCUACUUAUCUGCCUUUAAGCUCAGAUAUUCUCCCACAGUCCAAAUAAGAGUAGUAAAUCAGCACAUAAAAGGAUAACAGCUGCUCUUCAGUCGGCUGGAAGCUACUCAAUGGCAUGACAGCAAAGAAUAAAUGUGCACUAUGUCUCUGCUCAAAGGAAAAAUGGCUCAAGAGCGGCUGUGUUCUCAAUCUUUACUUCAACACACUCUCACACAAAAUGAUCAGGUCAAUCAAAAUUCUUAAUCGUGGAACCACAGUCCCGAGAAAAGUCAUUUUAAAUCAGAAAUCUAAUUAAGAGUCGCACCAAGAACCUAAUUAGUUUUUAUAUGUUUCUUGGGAUUGUGAGGUAACUUAAGAGCCAUGCCUUUUUAAAGGCACGCACAAACUCUCUGACUUUGAUCUCUUACAUAUAUAAUUUUUUUUUCAGUGCUGGUAAUGUAUUCCUAAAUCUACUCUCUUUCUCUGGGACUCACAGAUCUAAAGCACUGCAUGCUGCCAGAAUUGCUCCCUGAAAGUUAAUGUAUCAGAAUCACUGUGUCCCAGCAGCACCUGCACCCUCAUCUGUAAGAUGCAGCUCUGGUUCCCACCAUCAGCUACCUCUCAUCAUUACACCUUCAUCACCGUGCUCCAGGGUCACCCUGGCCAGCUCUUGUGCUGGGACAGGGGAUUACACCAUCUCUGUUCAAAGAGGGGGAAAUGUGCCUAUGCCUUACGUCAAUGCACUCAGCAAGGAGAAGCACAUCCUAUUUAUCUUGUUACCUGUAGUUUAUUUUGAGUGAUUAGAGGGGAAUUGUUUAGUUAUGACUGGGCAUCAAAUUGGAUAGACAAAAACAAUGAUUGACUGAUGUGGUUUCUAUUGAGCCUGGAAAGGAGAUGUAACUGUCUUUGAAAGUCUUGGAUGCCAUUUACCAAUCAAUGGCCCCAAACUCCUAAAUGAGGUUGUAUUUUGUAUGCUUGAAUGGCAUUUUUUUUCCUCAACAAGGUUCUAAUUUUCCUAUUUCACAAGCAGGAGAAGGUUGUCACAGAAGAUGAAGAGGUUUGGUAUUUUUGAGAUGACACCAAAUCUUGGCUAAAGUUUGCACAUGUGGAUGCAAAAGCAAGCUGUUUGGCACAAUAUUCAGUUACUGAAAAGGGGAAGGGGUGGUCCUAGCCUAAAUUGUGGUUUUGCUGGCUUUGAGGCUCUAGCUGGCUCUCCAGUGUCUUACGGUGAAGAACUGGCUUGAUCAGUUUUAAGCCAAGAAUGUAAGAUUGCUUAAUUUGCAGCAUGAAGACCUAACAAGGGACACCUACCAUUCGUAAAAGUCAUCAAGUUUAUCUGGAUCAGUAUUUCUAAUAUCCUUAGGACCAUGUUACCAUAAUCUGCAUGCAAUGCACAUCAUACACAGGGUUUUUGCAAGCCAGGAAAUUACUCCCAUGGCUGUUCCAAACAUCGAACCCAUAUCGUUCUGAUACACUACUAUAGUAACCCUGAGGCCCUUUGUGGAUAAAUACCUUAAGAAGGAAGUUUUUCCUGCUGUUGUUUUGUUUUAAGCAGAUUAUCUUUGUAUCUUGUCAUCUCACAUAAAGAAAACAAGAAAACAAAAAGUUCCCUGGACCCCUUUCCUUUGAUUUUGUUCUAAUCACAACAAAAACCUAAAAUAAGCACCUUGGUAGUUUUUUGGCCCCUCCCCAAAAAGUAGUAUGAUCCCACUUGUAAAAUUUAAUCUUUAAUCGAUCACAAAUACAAUGAAAAUAAUAAUUGCAUUCGAAAAACUUUUGGAGGUGGGGGGACACUUGAUAACAAACUCUGACUUUCCCUGAUGCUAAAUGACCACAAUCUAUAAGGUAAUAAGCCGGAACUCUGGGAUGAGUGCAGUUAUGUAUUUCACUUCAGACUUUGGAAAUUAGUAAAGUGAAUUCCAAGUUUUUCAAAGUAUAUCUUUUACCCCAGUACUCUACAAAUAAAAUAUCUGUCCACGGUCAUAAUUCUGGAGAAAAAAAAAAUACCUUUUACAUUAAAACCUGUUAACCCCAAAUUUUUAAAAACGAGAUUCUAACAUUUAUAUAGUAUAUACUAUCUUCUAGACAACCAUGCCUUUGGGUACUUUAAGCAAUUGGAGGUUUAACAGAGUUCAAAUGAAUCUUCAAUAUACUAGAAGUUCUACUAUGCUAAACUUCUUCAGACAAUUUUUUAUCAAUGAAAAAUGGAUCUCCAGAUAUGUUCAGCAGUUAGUUCUGUUUGAUAUAUGCUCAGUAAGUGAUAAAAGUUCCAUCUUGAGAAAUUACUUGAGUAUGAAGAAGGUUUUUGAAAGCCCUGUAUGGCAUCUAUCUAGGUGGAAACAUGACCUGUGACUUUAUAAUUAUGUUAUCAAAGAAAAAGUUUAUAAACUUGCAUUUGCUUUUAACUUCCUUGAGGUGACUUUUCCCUUUGGAUAAUUUCUACUGUAUACCCUGAAAUCAUAGACCAAAGAGUGCCUGAGGUUUGACCCUAGAACAAGGAUCAGCAAAGGUCUCUGAGAUGGAGACCAAAUCUUACUCAGCACCUGUUUUUCUGAAUACAUUUCACUAUUACACAGCCAUAUACUUUCAUUAAUAUGCUACCAGCCAUUGAUAUCAUUCUGUAACAUUGUGCCCGACACUGUAUGGCCCACCAGCAUAAUUAUUAUUAUUUGGCUUUCUAUAGAGAAAAUUUGCUGAUCCUGACCUACAGGUCAUUUGUGAUACAUGUUAGACACAGGUACAACCAAAUAGAUUAUGCAGUAACGGAGUGUAAGCCUACAUUUCCAGGUAGGCUGGGGAAUAUAACCACCUGGGAAAUAUUUUAGUGAAGAUUUUCCUUGCACUAUAUGAAGUAACCCAUCCAAUAGAGAAACACAGGAUUCAAAGAAUUGGGAAUAGGCAGAAUGGAAUUAGGGGCAGCUUUGGGGGGGGGACUGGUCCUCCAAGAGUCUUUUCUGCAAAACCUUGAUAGAAAGAUGGCUCCUUAAGCCCUAAUCAUUGUGUGACAAGAAGUAAAGGGUAUCCUAGGCUUUAAAUUUAGUCUCUUUGCUGAGAACAUUUUUCUGCUGUCUAUAUAACAGAAGCUUCCACCUCGCUUUCCCAUAUUCUAGAAAGGUGUCCAUUCCAAGGUCUCCCAGAACGUAUUUUUAACUUCAUGUGUUAUUUUUAGCCACCGGGACCUCAGUUAUUUGUGUCUUUAUGGUGUGAAUAUGUUCUGACAGCCACAUCAGGCUUAAAGAGGAAGUUGGGACACUGAAUAAUUGGAAGUAUUAAAAGAAGCAACAUCUUAAAAUCUGGAGGAAGAAAAAUGUAGUAAAAUUGUUUUUACAAAUCCAUUACUGGGAGGAACCAAAUUCAUGUCUAUUUGCUUUGGUUUUGUAGGAUGUAAGUUUUUGUUCCUGGGUGUGGAGCAAAUGCAAAAAAAGACAUGUUUUGGACUCCAACAUCUUUGUUUUGUAUGCUGUGGCAGGUUUCUGCCAGAGAUUUCUCUCCUCUUUUACUAAAAAGGGCCUCAUAGUCAGUUUGUUAAAACAGCAUGAUUUAACAACAACUUCCGAAGUAUCCAUAUUGAAGAAGAACUUUCAUUUUUUUUUAAUGAAAAUGACCACCAUUUACCCAUCCCUAAUCUUUUAGGGAGUCCUUUAUCCUAGUAUGUGGAUACAGCUAGACGAAGGUUAAGUUGGCUAUAGAAUACAAAUAUCUUGCUCUUGUUAUCUUCAGGCAAAAAAAUGAAAUUGGACCAAACAGGUUAAAGGCUCCAUUUAAGCCCCUGAUCUUUUUUAAAGGCCUAUGAAAAGUGAAAAAUCUCCUUUAAGUAAGUUGUAAACAAAACCAGUGCUCCUCCUUUUCCUGCCCCCAGAUAUCUUAAACAAAAGAAGAUAAAGAAGCAGUUUCCUGAAUGAUACAUUUGCAUGGUACACCAGUAGCAGGUCGGGAAAAAAGUUAUAAUGAAAGAAACAACCUUAAAAAACAGUCUUUUUAUCUCAAAGAUAAAAUGUCUCUCUUGCGGUCUUUCAUCACUUUCUCCUUGGUGGAAGGUUCCCCCAGUUUCCACAUACUUCCAUUAAAAUAGUCAAAGCUACUGCAUUGGGAUGUCAGAUGCAUCUCUUUCUUUGUGGUAAUCGGAAUUUAAAAUUAUACAGUUGCCUCUGAAUUUCUCACAAAGCCAAACCACAGAUAAGAGAUAAAGCACAGUCGGAAGCCUGCUGCUUCAGCCUGAGCAGCACACCACAGGCAUUAGCGCUUUCAAAAGCAGUGUGAUUUCCAUGGUUCUUAAAAGCUUUCUUCAUAAUAGAGUCCUUGAAAUUUCUCAAGGCAGGUCUGAAUGGCAAAGGGAAAAUAAUAACUCACGGGAGGCCCUCCUUCAGAGCACUGUAACAGCACAAGUGUAAAAGAAAAUACCCCUUUUGGGCCAACCCAUGCUCAAAUAUGCUAUUUCCGUUUCCCCUACCUUCCUUUUGUAGAAAUUUACUGAGUAGCAAGUUAGUAUCCUCCUUUGAGAAAACCAGCAACAGUGUUACGAGCCCUUGAUGCACUAGGAAAUGUGAUGUAUUAAGGAUGCCAUCAAACUCACUGAUAAAUAGUCUCGGGCAUAACAACAUCAGUGCUAACUGCUACUCUUUAAUUUUGGUCUAGCAACUGAUAUCAUCAGUAACCACUUUGAAGUUUGCGAUAGGCGAGAAGCUUUACAGUCCAAAUCCACAUAGGAAGUCAGAGAAUAUUGCAAAUGCCUCAUUAGGCGCAUAGACAUUCUCACUAUGAAGUGAGUGCAUUGGCUUCAUCCUGAACAAUUUUUAGCAAUGAUCUGCUCAAUAAAAUAACUAGGGAGCUACCCUCAUUGGAAGAAGAUAGGAAAAACAUUUGUUUACUCCAAAAUCAGCUGUGCGUGGCCAGCAGCAUCUUUCUAGUCCCUCUUCCUUCAGGGUCUCCACAGGCUACUUCUACAUUUGGCAUUGUUGAGAGAGAAAUCAGACAUAACUCAGAUUUCAUAAAGAGAGAGACUCCAAGCUGGUCUGUUCGUUUAUGUGGAAGCACUAUAGCAACAGAUUGUCUGAGACUAGGAAGGUGGCAUCUGUCAACAAGAAAGAUGCUGGUGUUUCUUCAGUCUGCAUAUUGUUCUAAUUCAUGAGAUUCUAACCGCCCGAGGAGAAUGAGUUCUUUUGAGAACUGGAACAAAGCUGUGAGAUUUCUGCAGGAAAAAACAAUCACACAAAAUACUACAUAAAAUCAGAUUUUCUUGGAUCCACACCUUACCCUAACAUGUGAGACAUUGGAUUCUGUUCUUCAAUCAUUAUAAUAAUUCUUUAUAAUUAACAUUCAUUGAAUACUUAGUGUGCUAGAUAUUUCGCAUAAUUCUCUUUCACUUAUUCAAAACAACCUUUUGAAUUAGGUUCCUUUGUAGUUUAAAUUUACAGACUUGAAACUGAGGCGUAGAGAGGAUCAGAAACUUGUCCAAAGUCACGAGCUAGAAAACAGAAGAGCUAUAAUGUGAGUCCAACUCCUGACCACUGUGUUACAAAGUCACCAACAUGUCAAACUAUUUUUCAAGUGUUAGGAAGAGUUUCCUACUAAAUUUUUAAACCAGCUCUCCUUUGUAAACAGUAGAAAUAUUGUAUUUCUGUGUUCUGUCAGUUCUCACUAUGAUAGCAUCCAAUUUUAAAGUAUAAAUAUGUCAGGUGAAAAUAUAGCAAGCCUACCUGGUUAAUAGAAUUUAGAACCAAGAAAAUUAGUGUGCUCUAGAUGCUUGUUAAGUCAGGGUCCCUGUCUUUACACAUUGGAAGAUAUCUUAGCCCCAUGUUUAGUAGAAAAUUUUAAUAACCUACAGGUGUAGCUAAGCAAAGCUUCAUUCCCAUAAACACCUAUUUCCAUCUCUUCUACCUCGCUUCAAAAUACAGACGUCUAAUUUUGGGUGAGGUUUGGCACUUUUUGGUUACUAUUCUUUUGUACUUGUGCCAAAAUUAUACGUAGCAAAAUUGAAGCAUCAAAUAAAACAACCCUCAGCCUCUAUCUCUGUCCCUGCCCCCACAAGAAAGAAGCUAAGCCUGCUGAGGACCCAGUCAGCACUAGGCAUUCACUACCAGAUGGAGCCCAGCUGGCAACUGUCUCUGAUGGUUUGUGUCCACACCCUGUAAGCCAUUGAUGAUGAUCCAGAUCCUCCGUGGACAGAAUCAUCACCAAAGCUUUAAGCCAUCACUACCAGUUGAUCUGGGUUGGAAAUAGGAUCCAGUUUCCACUUUUCAUCCUAACAGGGGAGACUUUUAACCAGUGUACACUUUAAAAAUAAUGUCCUAGAUUCAGCAGUGAGGAUAAUGGUGUUCCAGCUAGGACAGGAAAAACGGAGUGUUUCUAAAGUUCAUUUUGCCCAGGUAGUUUAGGCCACGGUGACCUUCUGAGCAAAGACUUUGGACUUUGCUAUGUUAGAGUUAAAAGGUAAUCUUUUUGCUGAAUUAACUCAGCCAAGAAUCAUUCGAGUAAAUUAUGCCCUUGGUAAGGUCAUGCUGUUUAUCUGUUCUCACCCACAACCCAGAGGUCCACAGAAGAAAGAUUUGGGGGGUCCAUCCUGCUUCCUGUGCCCUAUACACAGCAUGUAGCUGAUCCACUGGGGAGGACGCGGAUACACUCAACUGCCUCCCAAACACACAGCCUGAGGGCAAGAGCUUCUCUGGCUCAAUCCUUGCCCCCAGAAAACCUUAUCAAAGGGAUGGGCUAGGAAAGCUAAAGACCCUAUUUCAGGGCAAGUCAGUCGGGGAUUUCCUUUCUAGCAUUAUAAAUGUCCAAAUGGCAAGACAAGAGAGGAGAGAUUCCAGCAAACCAAAGGAACAAUUGGCACAUUUAAAUUUGAGCGACACAAAAUUAAUGUCAUCCAGUGUUGUUGUUAGGGAAUGGAAUGAAGUUUUCCCUGUGUUGACCCCCUCACUUCCCAGUCAAGAUUUUCCCUUUUGAAGUUUAUGAAGAAGCGGAAACACCUCCUCAGGAGGUUGUGUUUUAGAAAGCAAAAACAGGAUAUCUAUGGUGAGGUGGCUACAUGCUCUUUUGGAGAAGCCAGGUUCUGGUGUUUUUCACAGAAAAGAUGAGUUACACAGACACCCCAUUCAUGUGUAGAUUUUCAGUUAGAAAAAGCAGCCCCCUUCCCAUGAAACAACUGAGUUCAGCCUUUGUGUUAUUUUUAGUUUUGUUUUCUCUUUCCUCUGGGUUUGAGUGUGAUGUAAGAAGAGCUUUUUAAUUUUGUUUUGAAAUAACAUCGAUCCUUGCACACUCUAUGCAAAAAUUUUGUAAGCAUUGCAAUAAUGCUAUGAAUUACAAGGAACUAUUUUAACUUUAUUACACUUUCUGUAUAAAAGUUUGUAUUUAAUAUUAUUUCGACUUCAGCCUUGUAAAAUAUAUUAAUAAAAAUAAUGAUUGGUAAGAAGGAAA